UUCACUUCUUUGAACAGAGGGACUUCGCGGGGGAUUCUUGAAAAUAGAUUAGCUUCACACAGACGUCCUCUAAGUGUCACAGUACUUACAGGUGUAAACUCAGAUCUAAUCACCAUGGCUUCACCUGUAGAUGUCCCUCGCCACCGUCAGUGUCUCAUCUGUAAGAACCUGUUUGAAGAUCUGGUCACCAAUGGCUGUGGACACAGCUCUAGUCAGCGCUGUAUGAACCAGCACAUAAGCAUGAGAAAUCAAGAAUGCCCCAUGUGUCAGGAGCCUGUGUACACCAAAAGCAGCGUGAACGCUGCUCUCGAAACCAUUCUUCAAGAGUUUGUCCAGGUGCAGAAGGCCGACCGAAGUCUCUAUACCAGGGAGACAGGUGAGAUCCCCUGCGACAUCUGUGAGGAAAACCUGCCACUAAGAGCUGUGAAGUCCUGCUUGACCUGUUUGCUCUCGUACUGUGAGCGGCAUCUGAAGCGCCAUCAGUCUUUGAGGAGGCACAGGGGUCAUAAACUGGUAAGUCCGGUGGAGAGACUGGACGAGAAAGCGUGUCGUGUCCAUGGCAGACCUCUGGAGCUCUACUGCAAACGGGAAAAGCGUUUGAUCUGCAGCUUAUGUGUGAAGACCGGGGAAGAUGUUGUAUUUAUCGAGACAGAGAGAGAGCUGAAAGAGGCCGAAAAGCAAAAUACUGUUAAAGGAUUGGAAACCAUGACAAACCAGGCUCAGAUAGACAGAGAGCAGAGGGAAAUAAAGAAGGUAUUUGCUGAAGUGAUGGAUGUUGUGAGGAGAGCUGAGGAGGAGCUGCUCUCUCCUCUAGAGGAAGGAAGAAAAUUUCUUGAGAAGAAGAUGGCUGAGAAAAAUCAUCAGAUAGAAAAGUCAAACCCUCCUGUACUUGCUGAAUUCAAAGAUGAUUGGACAGUUUCUAUUGACACUGAACUGAAGUUUGGCUCCAUGAGAAAUAUAAACUCAUCUGCUUUGGCGUCCAUUGCGACUCAGCUAGAGAAUCUGUGCUCUUUUGUGGAUGUGAUUCUGGAUGAAGAAACGGCACAUCUGAGUCUGGAAGUGUCUCCGGAUGGCAAAAUCGUGAGUGGUCCCGGACAAUUCUGUCUGGUGGGUGGAAUCCUGGGAAAGCUUCAGAUUACAUCUGGAAGAGCAUUCUGGGUAGUUGAGGUGGGGAAGAAACCAAGUUGGGAACUGGGUGUAGUGAGUGAAAAUGCCAAUAGGAGAAGGAAUGUCUCAUACAAGCCUAAAGAGGGUUACUGGGCCAUCGUGCUCUGCGAUUCAAACCUGUAUGGAGCUUUUGAAGAUCCUCCUCUUCAGCUUCAUCUCUCCACCAAACCCCAGAAGGUGGGAGUGUUUGUCGACUAUGAGGAUGCUCUCGUCUCCUUCUAUAAUAUGGACAAUCUGUCACAUAUUUACUCUUUCACUCAGUGCGACUUUAAUGAAACCCUCCGUCCAUAUUUUAACCCUCUUCCCAAAAAAGAUGGUAACGAUUCUCAUCCAAUGACCAUAUGCUCUGUCAACCCAGAUGACAUCUUAUUUAGAAGCUGUACUGUGUGCAGUUAAACAUUACAACACACAUGCACACAUACACACAAACAGACACGCUAACAAACGCACGCAGAAAAAAAGAGACCAUUUCAGAGAUAAUUUUUAAAUGAAAUAAUUAAAUGUAGAUGUAUGUGUUUAGGUAAAAUUAUCAUUUG